AUGGAGAUCACCGCCAGCUGCAUGUACAUCAGGAACACCGGCUGGUCCCUGCAGGCCGACGCACACAGAGAUGCGGAGCUGGUAUCGGCUGUUGGGAGAAAAAUGGCUGGUUUAGAGGCGCUGUACACCUGUGUCGCAGAUAAAAUCCAGUGUCCGCAGGACGCCGUGGUCUGCUUAGUUCACUGGGAAAUGAUAAAGAAUGGCUACCGGUGCAUCGGAUCUGGAGACGAGCCUAGCAGCCGUGAUAAAAAGUCAGAGCUGCUUCCUGCUGACUGGAGCAGCAACAAGGAGCUGUACAGCCUGCGCUACAGAAGCAGCGACACAGACACCAUGAUGGUGCUGAAGGCCAUCGCUGUGGACUCCACGCUCAUCUUCAACUUAAUGAACUCCGGCACUAACCAGGUUUCAGACCUGAUGGUGAACAUCAGCGACCACGUCAACGCCGAUCAGCUGCACACGUUUGACAGCGUGUUCAGAGACGCAGACGAUUUGUCUGAGAAGGUGAAGUCUCAGCUGCUGCCUCGCCCAGAGAAAGCGCCGGAGAGCAGCAGACGGGAGGAGGGCGAGUCGUCUCAGAGGAGGCGGGAGGAAGACGGCGACCCCCUGCGGCUGCCCUGCAGACACCCUCGCCACGGGCCGCAGCCUCACUGGCCCGACCCGCUGAAUCCUCCGUUCGCAGCCGGAGGAGCAGAUCUGGAUCCGUUUGGGUCAGUAGGUGGGGGGGGGAUGAUCAUGGACCCUCUGAGGUCCGGGUACCCUCGCUCCGGCUUCGACCCGUCCAGCGGGAUCCCAGACAUCCUGCCUCCUGGAGCCGUUCCUCCGGGGGCCCGCUUCGACCCGUUUGGACCCGUGGGACGCCACAGACCGGGGCCUGACCCCGACCACAUGCCGCCGCCCGGAUACGAUGACAUGUUUAUGUAG